AUGCCGGAUCGCAGGAGUUUGACGAUAGCCACCGCGGCGCUGCUAAUCGGGCUCUUACCGUUGGCAGCUGCGCAUGGCGAUAGCAAGGAAAUGGACAUGAGCGCACAUGAUAUGCCGAAGGCGCAACCGCAAGACAAUGGCUUUGAAGGUUAUUGGAGUUUAUCGGAGCAUGCUUCGCUUAUGUACUGGCACAUAGGGCUUGAGAUCCUGGCCUGGAUUGUCAUCUUGCCAAUCGCAGUCAUGUUUAGCAUCGCUCGCUCAAGAUAUACUCUCCCCUCGCAAAUGAUCUUCCUCGCCACCAAUGCGUUCGCGCUCGUACUCGGCCUCGUAUACGACCACAAGACACCGGAGAUGUACGCAGGAAAUGCACACAGCAAGAUAGGAUGGGCCAUCACCUGGAUCGCUUCGGCAUGGGUGUUCGUGGCUCUGAUCCAGGCCUACGCUGGUAGGUCAGAGUUUCACUCGAAAGCGGACGAAUUUGCGGAGCCAAUGACGACCGCCAAUAUGCUCAGAUACGAGCGCGUACACGACGAAGAGGCUGUCGCGCCGUCGCGAUGGUCAGGGGAUUCGGGGCAGGGCACAGAGCGGAACUCGGCUUCUCUGUAUGAUCCCUCUCAGUCCCCCAGCGUGGAGUCUGAGAACCAGCAAUUCGCUCCCCCUCUUCGAAGAUCCACACAUGACGACGACUCUUUCGGUAACGACGACGACAGCGACGACGAGAAGCGCGGCUUCCUUCGCAACACCUCGGUGGACAAUUUCUUCUCUCGCAGCGUGGCGCGCUUCGCAGUUGGUCGGACACUCAAGGCAAUUCGCUUCCUCUACGUUGCCAUCGAGCGCACAAUCUUGGUACAGGGUUUCGCGGCGAUUGUAAGUGGCGCCAUCGUCUACGGCGGCAUCGGAAGAGGAGGAGCGGUUUUCAACGUCCUGGCGCACACAGUAAAAGGAGGGAUCUUCUUUCUAUACGGCUUCCUUACCUUGGGUCGAUGGAUGGGUGCAUUUGCAGAUUUCGGAUGGGCCUGGAACGUGAAGCCACCGAAGGAAGUCGUCGGUCGUCGGAGAGCGGCACUACCGUCGGCAGAGUUUACCGAAUCCUUCGUCAUCUGGCUAUACGGCUGCACAAACGUCUUCCUCGAACACCUGGCUGCGUGGGGCGAUGCAUGGACUGCACAAGAUCUGGAACAUGUUUCGAUUUCGGUGAUGUUCUUUGGUGGUGGUUUGUUGGGAAUGUGCAUCGAAUCGACUAAGGUACGCGACCUUCUUAACAGCGGAGUCGUUGCCUCUCAAGCAAGCUCGCUACAAAACGAGUCCUGGAAGCAGCCUAGCCAAUAUCGCUUUUCGAUGAACCCACUCCCGGCCCUAAUCAUUAUGUUACUCGGCAAGAUGAUGAGCUCUCAUCAUCAGAGCUCAAUGGUCUCGACUAUGAUCCAUACCCAAUGGGGCAGCAUGUUCAUGGCCUUUGCUCUUGCCCGCGGUCUUACCUACAUCACCCUAUACAUCUCACCGCCGACUUCGUUUCUGCCAUCCCGGCCGCCUACGGAAAUCGUCACCGCAUUUUGUCUGAUAUCGGGUGGUAUCACCUUCAUGGUCAGCAACAAGGACACGGUCGCAGCUCUGGAAUCGUACAACCUCGACGCUAUGUUCAUCUUCACGGUUGUCAUGGGCCUUACCGCGCUGCUCAUGGCUUGGACGACUGUAGUGAUCGCUAUCAAGGGAUGGGCUCUACGCAAGGAGAGCAGCAGCCAGUACGCAAAGGGUCUUGCUGGAGUAUUGGCGUAG